CCCCACCAGGCCUUGUGGCAUGGCAAGCCAGAGAGAAUAAAGGCAGAACGGUGCUUGGCUUUUGAACUGAGUUCAAGGCAAUUAAAGUCAAGGGCUAAGGAGAGAAGGAGGGGUCUUAGGAAGGCAGCAUAAUAAGCAAUAUGGCUGGAGCACUCUAAAUUAACUCAAUUAGACAGAGCCUGAUUUAACGGGGAGAGCUGGCGAGAAGCGCUCCCCUCAUUAAAUUUGAUGCUAGAGGAGCUUCUGCUGAAAUUAAAUUUGUGUUAGUUGUCUGAGUCACAUAAAACAGCAUGUGCAUGGGCAUGUACGCAUGUGCACACGUGCAGGGUCUGUGAUUCAGGUGGGGAUUUUGAGAGGGGAUUGGAAAGGGUUAGAACUGAAAAAAAAAAACGAAACAAAAAUAAAAGAAAAGGAGGUUUGAGUGAGCGAAUGCUCCAGAACCCAGCAGUGGAAGACAAGGGGAAAAGCUGGCCAGGAAACAGGUGGGAAGUGUAGCCAGGUCUCCCAGUUAAGAAGACAUGGGUCUUGUGCGGUGGGGGCUUCUCCUGGGUUGCCUGGGCUGUGGAAUUCUGCUCCGAGUUCGCGCUCAGUUCCCCCGGGUCUGCAUGACCUUGGAUGGUAUACUGAACAAAGAGUGCUGCCCGCCUCUGGGCCCCGAGCCGGCCAACAUCUGUGGGUCUCAAGAGGGCCGCGGCCAGUGCACAGAGGUGCAGACGGACACCAGGCCCUGGAGUGGCCCGUAUGUCCUUCGAAACCAGGAUGACCGUGAGCAGUGGCCAAGAAAAUUCUUCAACCGGACGUGCAAGUGCACAGGAAACUUUGCUGGUUAUAAUUGCGGAGAUUGCAAGUUUGGCUGGACCGGCCCCAGCUGUGACCAGAAGAAGCCACCUGUCCUGCGGCGGAAUAUCCAUUCCCUGACUCCCCAGGAGAGGGAGCAGUUCCUGACCGCCUUAGACCUGGCGAAGAAGAGUGUCCAUCCAGACUACGUCAUCACCACACAGCACUGGCUGGGACUGCUCGGACCCAACGGAACCCAGCCCCAGAUCGCCAACUGCAGCGUGUACGACUUUUUUGUCUGGCUCCAUUAUUAUUCUGUUCGAGACACAUUAUUAGGUCCAGGACGCCCCUAUAAGGCCAUAGAUUUCUCACACCAAGGGCCUGCGUUUGUCACUUGGCACAGAUACCACUUGUUGUGGCUGGAAAGAGAUCUCCAGAGACUCAUUGGCAACGAGUCCUUUGCUCUGCCGUACUGGAACUUUGCAACUGGGAAGGCUGAAUGUGACGUAUGCACAGAUGAGCUCCUGGGAGCAGCAAGACAAGAUGACCCAACCCUGAUUAGUCAGAAUUCAAGAUUCUCCACCUGGGAGAUUGUGUGUGACAGCUUGGAUGACUACAACCGCCGAGUCACUCUGUGUAAUGGAACCUACGAAGGUUUGCUAAGAAGAAACCAAGCAGGAAGAAAUAGUGAGAAGUUGCCGACCUUAAAGAAUGUGCAAGAUUGCUUGUCUCUCCAGGAGUUUGACAAUCCACCUUUCUUCCAGAACUCUACCUUCAGCUUCAGGAAUGCUCUGGAAGGUUUUGAUAAAGCAGAUGGCACACUGGAUUCUCAAGUCAUGAGCCUUCAUAAUUUGGUUCACUCCUUCCUGAACGGAACGAAUGCUUUGCCACACUCAGCUGCCAAUGAUCCUGUUUUUGUGGUCCUCCACUCCUUCACAGACGCCAUCUUUGAUGAGUGGCUGAAAAGAAACAACCCUCCCACAGAUGCCUGGCCUCAGGAGCUGGCACCCAUUGGUCACAAUCGGAUGUAUAACAUGGUUCCCUUCUUCCCACCAGUGACUAAUGAGGAACUCUUCUUAACCGCAGACCAACUUGGCUACAAUUAUGCCAUUGAUCUGGCAGUGGAAAAUGCUCCAGUUUGGACCACGACCCUCUCAGUGGUCACGGGAACACUGGGAGCUUUCAUCGGUCUCUUGGGGCUGCUGGCUUUCCUUCAGUAUAGAAGGCUCCGCAAAGGAUAUGCACCCUUAAUGGAGACACAUCUAAGCAGCAAGAGAUACACGGAGGAGGCCUAGGGUGCUCUUGUCUUGUUCCAGGGAAGAGGCUGGCCAAGCCAUAGUCCUGACCCAGGCAGUAGCUAAAUAUAGCCUCAUUGAUCUGGCUUUAGGUGAAAGUCUCCAGCAUGUGCUCUUCGGUAGUGAUGAUGACCCCCACAUGUGCUCUUCAGUAGUGAUGAUGACCCCCACAUGUGUUCUUCAGUAGUGAUGAUGACCCCCACAUGUGCUCUUCGGUAGUGAUGAUGACCCCCACAUGCGCUCUUCGGUAGUGAUGAUGACCCCCACAUGCGCUCUUCGGUAGUGAUGAUGACCUCCACAUGCACUCUUCAGUAGUGAUGAUGACCUCCCCCACCCCACAGAGAUGCUUGGGUGUAGUUGCUGCUUUGCUUAUUGUACACAGGAGAAGAUGCUUUGGCCUAUCACCGUCACCAAAGUGUGAUGGGGCAAGUUAUCUGCGACCUUGAUUAAAAGUCUUUAUAUUCA